AUGGAAGAGGGUCGUAAGCUGUAUGGGAAUCUCGGGGUAGCUGAUCUCCCCCCCAUAACAGCAGGCAUCCUUCGUGCUAAUUGUCAAAUGGGCACUCAGUACAAAGUGGAGAAGACUGGCAGAAGUUCAUACCAUGUGAGCCGUGACACUGGAGCCAAGGAGGAGCGUGUGGUGGUAUUGGAGGUUGCAAAGCCAGAGGAGGCGCAGUGCACGUGUAAUUACCAGAGGGAUGUACUGUGCGAGCCUAGGAGGCAACCUCGUGAACAUGAGCAACCACAAACUGGGGUGGGGGUGGUGGACGGUAGCGCGACUCACGCGGGGGAUGGUGGUGAGAAUGAAGGUGUUGAGGUAUCGGACGAGGAGGAGGACGGGAGUUCGGAGUCGGAGGGGGAGGGAGAAGAGCAGCCGGUAGAUGCGGGUGCUGGUGUCCAACAGGCUGUCCCAACAGUACUCCGUGAAGUUUUUGGCGAGGCAUUUAACGGGCUCAACACCUCAGGAACCAACAGAAACUUGCGCCCGGGGGGUGUGGGGUUAUCAAAUCCAACAGCGGCUGAGAGUGGGGGAUGCAGGGAGAGCGGAAGAGUAUCCGAGAGUGGAGGAUUGGGGGAGUGGGAAGGAGGAUACGCGAGCGGGGCAGAGAGGGGAGGAGCAUCAGCGGGUGGGGAAUGGAGGAGAGGAGCAGCCGAGAGUGGGGCGGGGAGGGCAGGAGCAGAGAGUGGGGCGGGGAGGGCAGGAGCAGAGAGUGGGGCAUGGAGGGCAGGAGCAGAGAGUGGGGCAUGGAGGGCAGGAGCAGAGAGUGGGGCAUGGAGGGCAGGAGCAGAGAGUGGGGCAUGGAGGGCAGGAGCAGCCGAGAUCGGGACAGGGAGGGGAGCAGCCGAGAUCGGGACAGGGAGGGGAGCAGCCGAGAUCGGGACAGGGGGAGGAGCAGCCGGGAGCGGGGCAGGGAGGGGAGGAGCAGCAGGGAGCGGGGCAGGGAGGGGAGGAGUACCAGGGAGCGGGGGGGGAAGGGGAGGAGUAGCAGGGAGCGGGGGGGGAAGGGGAGGAGUAGCAGGGAGCGGGGCAGGGAGGGGAGGAGUAGCAGGGAGCGGGGCAGGGAGGGAAGGAGCAGCAGGGAGCGGGGCAGGGAGGGGAGGAGUACCAGGGAGCGGGGGGGAGAGGGAAGUAGCAGUGAGCGGGGCGAGGAGGGCAGGAGCAACAGGGAGCAGGGCGGGGAGGGGAGGAGCAUCAGGGAGUGGGGCAGGGAGGGGAGUCGAGAGUGCGGCAGGGAGGGGAGCUGCAGGGAGCGGGUCGGGGAGGGAAGGUGCUGUAGGGAGCGGUGGAGUGGCGGGUGAGAUGGAAAUUGACCACAACGAUCCCACCCCUGGUGAUGCCUCGCAUAACAAUGGUGACAAUGUGGUUCGUUUUAGACUGAGGCGGCUGCAACACGUUCGUCAGCAAAGACAAGUGGCGCCAGAACCAAGAAAUAUGGAUCAGAGGCCAGCGGAUGUGGUGGCGGAAGGGAUGGGGGCGGACUCAGAGGCAACGGGCCAUACAAACCAGUCCCCAGUACCUGCGGUGGACCGGUUGUUGGAGCCGAGUCGCGUCCCCGAGGAGCUCUUCUGCCCUAUUUGCAACGACCUAAUUGACCCCGCUGACGCCACCGAGGUGAUCAAGUGCGGGCAUGUGUUCUGUGGGACGUGCAUCAACCAGGCCAUGCAACACUGCAGCGAAUGCCCACAGGACCGGCAGCCAAUAACAGAGGCACACCUGCGGCUGGCCAGGGAGCACAACCGCUUUGUGUAUCGCCUGCUCGGCAGGUCCAGGAUCCGGUGUGUGCACCACGCGUUGGGAUGCGGGUGGACGGGGGAGGUGUCAGAGGACCGAUCGCACCGGGCCACGUGUCCCAAGGAGCGAGUGGCGUGCACUCACUGCAGCGCUGCCGUGCGUCGGGACCACUUCACUGCCCACGCUGCCUCCUGUCAAGUGUGCAGGAAAUGCAGUGAGAAGGACGCUCAGAUUGCCACAUUGCUGCAGGAGAAGCUGGCAGUUUCCAAGAAGUUUCUGGAGGUGUCGGAGUCACUGCGAGCCAAGCAGGCCCAGCCUCUCGGUCCCAUCCAGUCCUACCACCGCUACAGCAUCCUGCCUCUCGCGCACCUCCUCUCCACAUGGCUGACCAACCCUCCCACGCACUCCCAUCCCGAUCGCAACCUGGUCUUUGAGAGCGUAAAGCGCUGCCACGACGACGCGCAGCGCGUCAGAUAUGAGGACCCGUGUGGGUUUGACAGCCAGCUGCUGCUGCUGCUGGCGGCUGCAAAUGCCACGGAAUGGUUCUCGGAGAAUCAGAAAGGUUGCAUCCGGCGGUGGCUGUGGGAGGUUUCACAGCAGCACUUGAUUGCCGAGCCUGUCGAACAUUACUUCUAA